AUGCCUCCCCGACUUACAGCCCAAAUUCAAUCCAUCCAAGGUGUUCGACUAGCUGGCGAGUCGUCCACCUGGGAUAUCCAACUCGAAUACUCUUCAAACAAAGGAACGGUCACCAGCGUGACCCCGCAUAAAUCAGAAGUGGCCGAAUCUCCUCUGGCUUUACCAGCCUUGACCCAUCCACAUAUUCAUCUCGACAAAGCAUUCAUACAUAGUACACCAGAAUAUGCCCAUUAUUUGCCCUCGACGGGUACUUUCCAGGAGGCGUUGUCCUCCACAGCAAAGGUCAAGCAACAAUUCAACCACUCUGAUAUUCUCAGAAGGGGAGAAUGGCUACUAGCCGAGUCCGUCGCAUCAGGCGUCACUGCAAUGCGCGCCUUUGUGGAAGUAGACCACACAGUGCAACACACUUGUCUCGAAGCUGCAGCUACGUUGAAAAACCAAUGGGCAGAGUCAUGCAACAUCCAGAUCGUCUGCUUCGCACAGGACCCUAUUUUCUCCACCGAAUUCGCAGACCAAAAUAUGGCCUUGCUGGAAGAUGCCCUGGCGCAAUAUCCCCAGAUCGAGGUAAUCGGAACAACCCCCUACGUUGAAUCCGACACUCCAGCCGCAAAGCGCAACAUCGAAUGGGCGAUUGAUCGCGCACUUGUCUCGAACAAGCACGUCGACUUCCACCUAGACUACAACCUCGAUUCCAGCAAAGAACCACUAGUUUGGCACGUUCUUCAGACCCUCAAAGACAGAGACUGGGCCGUCCGCUCCGCAAAACGCGUAAUGCUCGGCCACUGCUCGCGCCUGACUCUACUAACGGACGCCGAAUGGGCGCGUCUCGCAGCUGAUAUUCACGAAAACAAUCUCCCAGUCAGCUUCGUCGGCCUACCAACAAGCGAUAUCUACAUGGCGGCCCCUCCGGAAAGCGAUCAGCCGCACAACCGUCCAAGAGGCACGCUGCAAGUCCUGCAGAUGAUCCGCAAACACAAGCUCGACGCAGUCAUCGGCGUGAACAAUGUCGGCAAUGCAUUUACGCCGUGGGGGCUACCGGAUCCACUGUCCCUGGCCUGUCUCGGGGUUGGGAUUUACCAAGCCGGCAGCCAGACUGAUGCAGAACUGCUGUAUGAAUGUGUUUCGACGAGGGCGAGGGCGGCUAUCGGGCUGGAGUCCCAGGUCGGUCUUGGCAUCGCGCAGGGCUGUGGAGCAGAUUUGCUGCUUGUGCAGCAUAGAGAUGACACCGGGUGUGAGGUUUCGCGGCUGCGGACGAACGUUGCUGAGGUUGUGUGGACGCCGCCGGAGAAGAUGAACCGGGAUGUAGUUUGUGGUGGGCGGUUGAAGGUUUCGCCUUAUGGAACGGAUGGUGAGGAUAGUGUGUAUCGAUAUUCGUGA